AUGGGUAAACACAAAAAAGUCUUUGCACUUGAUGCCCCUCUCCCAAAUUUCCAAAUGGCAACAAAUUUACUCAAAGAAGACAGAUCAGAAAGUUCUGAUACUAAAUGUGUUACAAAUAAUAUUCAAGAUGCUGCACAAAUUAAAGCUUCCUAUUAUCGCGAAAAAGCCAAGGUCAAGAAUACUGAAAAAUCUACUAAAAGUUGGAUUGUAAAAUUUGAAGAAUUCUGUGCUUGUGCUGGUUACUCAGUUUCUUUAACUGACCUUGAUGAUAUCUCUCAACUUCAAAAACAAAUUGUAGAAUUCAUUUCUACAAUGAAAAAGAAAGAUGGUAGUGAAUAUAAAGCAACAUCAGUUAAACAAUCUGUUGAUGCACUCAAUAGAUACCUUCUUCAUCAUUCACCUGUUUUACAAGUUAAUUUGCAUGAUAAGUAUAUGUUUCCUGAUUUACAUAAUGUCUUACAUGGGAAAUUGCGCAAUCUUCAAGAACAUGGCUUUGGCGAAACAUCAGGUUCAAUUGCUAUUAAUCCUCAGCAAAUUCAACAAAUUUUACAACAUCCCAAAAUGGCUAUAAGUAACCCUGAAGGUCUUUUGUACCAUGUUUUUUUUUGCUUAUCAAUCAUACUUGCUAUGUGUGGAGGAGAACAUUAUCAACUAAAAGUCAAUCAAUUUAAAUCUGACGGUCAUAAUGGCUUGCAAUUUUUUCGCUACAUAUCUAAGAAUAAUCAAUGUGGAAUUCAAGGAGGCCAGGCUCAUGUUAUUUCAAUACCUGCUAAUGAUAAUGGACCAUGUUCAGACAUUCAAUUAUAUUUAUCUAAACGCCCACCUUCAGCUGAUGAAAACUUUUAUUUGCAGCCUAAUCCAUCUUGGUUAGAAACUGGUAUUUGGUACAGAACAGCUCAUGUGGGAAAAAACAAAUUAGGCAAAUUUAUGCAAAAAAUUGGAUGUGAAACCCAAACUGAUAUUCCCAUUGAAUUGCUUUCUAAUCAUUCUGGAUGUAAAACUGCUACUCAAGUUUUACAAGAUCAAGAAAUUCCUGAACAAGCUAUUAUGCAACUUACUGGACAUAAAAGUGUUCAAGGAGUUCGAGCUUAUAAAAAAGUUAAUGAAAAACAACAACUCAAUACUUUAAAUACAUUGAUUAAUAUUACUGUAAAAGAUAAUUUAAUUAAUGAUGAUGAUUCAAAAUCACAAAUUCCUCUUAAAGAAAAUUCUUUAUCUUUGAAUUCUUAUUCUUUAGAUGAAAUACCUAUAUUUCACAAUUGUACUCUUUCAAAU